GCGUGCGCAGAAGACGUCGCGGCGCGAGCUCCGGGGCGAUCUGGGCCGCGCGGACUGGCGCCUGGGCGCGCCGCGGAACCCGCGAGGUCCCCGCCUGGCUGCGGGAUGGCGGCCAGCCUGUGGAUGGGAGACCUGGAACCCUACAUGGAUGAGAACUUCAUCUCCAGAGCCUUUGCCACAAUGGGGGAGACCGUGAUGAGCGUGAAGAUUAUCCGAAACCGCCUCACUGGGAUCCCAGCUGGCUACUGUUUUGUAGAAUUCGCAGAUUUGGCCACAGCUGAGAAGUGUUUGCAUAAAAUUAAUGGGAAACCCCUUCCAGGAGCCACACCUGCAAAACGGUUUAAACUGAACUAUGCCACUUAUGGGAAACAACCAGAUAACAGCCCCGAGUACUCCCUUUUUGUGGGGGACCUGACCCCAGAUGUGGAUGAUGGAAUGCUGUAUGAAUUCUUCGUCAAAGUCUACCCCUCCUGUCGGGGAGGCAAGGUGGUUUUGGACCAGACUGGCGUGUCUAAGGGUUAUGGUUUUGUGAAAUUCACAGAUGAAUUGGAACAGAAGCGAGCCCUGACGGAGUGCCAGGGAGCAGUAGGACUGGGGUCUAAACCUGUGCGGCUGAGUGUGGCCAUCCCAAAAGCGAGCCGUGUAAAGCCAGUGGAGUAUAGUCAGAUGUACAGUUACAGCUACAACCAGUAUUACCAGCAGUACCAGAACUACUAUGCCCAGUGGGGCUAUGACCAGAACACAGGCAGUUACAGCUACAGCUACCCCCAGUACGGCUAUACCCAGAGCACCAUGCAGACAUAUGAAGAAGUUGGAGAUGAUGCAUUGGAAGAUCCCAUGCCACAACUGGACGUGACAGAGGCCAACAAAGAAUUCAUGGAGCAGAGCGAGGAGCUGUAUGAUGCACUUAUGGACUGUCACUGGCAGCCCUUGGACACUGUGUCCUCAGAGAUCCCUGCUCUGUUGUAGCUGGGACAGAGGACAAAGGAGGAUGGACUAUUAGCAAUUGGACACAUUUUUAAACUGUCCGCUUUUACUUUUAGAAAUGAUUUGUAAGAUUUAAAUAAACUAUUUCCUGAGAUGAGCA